GAGGGUCAUUACCCUAUAAAAAGUGACGGUUACUUUUCGAAGCUUUUCAAAGUGCAUAAGAAGCGAUUCUAUCCAUAAAUUAAAUUCAAAUUGAAACUUCUGAAAUAUUAGUUUGCAGUUUGGAAAUGGCGUCUCUUCGUUUGUUUACUUCUCUCCUAUUGUUGUUGUUGUUUAUAUCAACAUAUAAUGCUCAAAACGUCACUCUUUCUGUUUACUACGAAACUCUCUGCCCUUAUUGUGCAGACUUCAUAGUGAACCAUCUGGUAAAGCUCUUUGACAAGGGACUCAUUUCCAUCGUCAACCUCAGGCUGGUUCCAUGGGGCAACGCUGUUAUGCAACGUGACGGUACCUUCGGUUGCCAGCAUGGCCCAGAUGAAUGCCUUUUAAAUGCUAUCGAGGCUUGCACCAUCAUAAUAUAUCCUAACGUGGAGUGGCAUUUCAGAUUUAUUCUCUGCGUUGAGCGUCUGACCUUGGAGAACAAGCUGAAUGAGUGGGUUAAUUGUUUUGAUAUGACUCGCUUAGGCACUGUCCCCAUUGAUUGCUAUAAAAGUGGAUAUGGAAAUGUGCUUGAAAAACAGUAUGCUGCUGAAACUACUCAGCUUAAUCCACCACAUAAAUUUGUCCCAUGGGUGCUUGUUAACGGUCAACCUCUGCAGGAGGACUUCAAGAAUUUUGCUAGCUACGUCUGCAAGGCAUACCAGGGCGAACGAGUGCCUGAGGCUUGCCAAUCACUCCCACUACUCCCACUAACGAACAAUUCUUUAAAAAAGGCAACUCUUAGUAAUUCAGUUUGCUAUGCUAAGAGAAAAACUAGAAAACCUUGAUACCAGUUAAGAAAAUUAGAGAAUA